AGACCUCCCCGCUCGCGUCUCACCGCGACAGUGCCAUGGGGAUUCACAGCUGUUGCGCCGUACCGUACGGAAUAGUGGAGUGACUUUUCGACGUUUUGAGAGUGGUCGAAGACCGAGAAGACGAACGUAUUCGUUUAGUAAAGUUGAUAGAGGGUUUAUUGGUUUGCGGGCAGAGAGGAUGGGAGGACCAUGGGAGGUUGUGGUUUGGGGGGUUUUUCUUGGUGUGUUGGGGUUCACUGGGGGGAGUGUGAUGAUUGGUGGUGCGCCCGGUUAUCCACGUAUCAAUGUUUCAAUUUCUGAUUUCAAUGCUUCUGAUACGAAUGGUUGGGCAUUUUCUAAUCAAGUGCAGUUGAAGGCAAACACAAUUAGUGUUAUCGAUGUCGUAAAUAUUGCGCCGGUUGUUUCCUUCAUGAUUGUUCAAGUACAUACCCAGGAAUGGAAUAUUACGCUUUCGUACACAGCGUCGUUCGAUAAUAAAAUCCUUGUGACUGGAUCGAAUGUGGGACUCCAAAUUGAUCCCAAGGGUCAUCAGGUUUUCGUGAAGAAUGAUAAUGAUGCAGGGCUGCAGGCAUUAGUAGCUGUUGUGGUGUAUUCCGGCAAUGCUCCGAUUCCUGGAGGUUGUAACAUGGAAUUCAGCAUUGAGACAUCACCAUUCUUGAGGACAUCUGUUGGUAAUUCGAUGAUAAUGGUAGAUGCCCAGCCAGCCUCAUCAAUCGGACCGAAUGGAAACCAACUGCCUUGUGAAAAAAAUUUUGUUACUUAUGAGACAUAUCGGCUCUACAUUCCCGAACGGGAUUUCACCAGUGAGACAUAUUUUGCUACAAUGUCGAGAAUGUUGACUGUGGACAACAUCAUUAAGUUUGGGAAAAGGGUACCGCCAGCAGUUUCAACAUCCCAAAUGAGGAGAGUCUUCAGUGCCUAUCCCGGAACAGGCUCAGUAUACGCAAUGAUAGCGAGAUAUAAGAAUUCGUCAGUUGCAUACGUCCCAGCUUUUUCAUACGCCUGUAGUCCAUUAUCAAACCCUGAAUCAUGCUCACUUCUAAACACAACAAUUUCUAAAGUGAUCUGUGCAACAAUUCUCUUCGUCGGUUUUUUCCUCACGUUUAUCGGCCACGUCUGGUUCUGCGCUGAGAUGUUCUUUCUGGGGACGAUCUCCGGAGGGGUCGUUGGGCAUAUUUGUCUUGCGGCUGCUGAAUAUGAAGAUAUUUCUGCACAACUCGGACUCUCUCUUUUAAUAGGCGUCCUGACCGGAAUAGCAUCGAUAACUCUGUGGUGUACGUUCGGAAUGCCAUGCAUUGCUAUUCUCCAAGCUACGUUAUCUCUCGGUGCUUUGGUAGCAAGUAUAACUUACUUUAGCAUACCAGAUGGUAUAGCACUGUUUGAAAACGAUGCAAACUUCUGGGUCGUUUAUGCAGCAAUUAUGAUAAUGGUACCUCUAUUACUCUGCAUGUUUCCAUUAAGCUCAAAUAUCGUUUGCUGUGCAUUCGUUGGUGCGUAUACAAUAGUUCUAUCAAUCGAUUACUGGCUGGGAUCCAAUCUCAAGUAUAUUGUGAUCAACACAGUGCGUCGAAUGGUAGUUCGUGGAUUUAAUGUUGCUACAAUUCAGCCACCGUAUCAGGGGGAAGACAUAUGGCUGGCGGUGAUUUGGGUCAUGCUGGCUCUUUUUGGAAUGAGUCUUCAGAGGAAGAGGCUGAAUGGGCGACCACCCUUCCCCAGUCCUGCAAACUACACUACCAUAAGAUCUGAGAGAUCUCCACUCCUCAGUCAAGUGAGAAAUGGACGACAAGUGCUUGUUUUGAGAGAAAAUGAUGAGGUUUAUCGCUACUCUCGAUGCUGCUGGCAUUGAAAAGUCAAUUGGCGGAGUUUUCGGAACAUUUUAUCCCAGUGUUAUGUGUGACUAUAGACUCAACUCGUUUAAUCGACGAUAAUUAAUAUUUCAAGAGAAUACAGACAUGAUUCAUUGAGCUGUCAAAUGAAAUACUGAAUGUUGUGGUAGACCAAAACUGUUGCUUCAUGAGUUGGCUGUGACAUGAACAGAAAAAAGAGGAGAAAAGGAUAUGUAAAUAUUCGUCAGUUUAAAAUGAAAUAACAUUUAUUGAAUUAAGACAGUGACAUCUAAUAGUUGGUACUAAUUAUUUCAUUAAUUUUUUCCAUUUUUUUGUGGUUUUUUUUUCUUCUGCUACUUACAAUCUUAGAGGUAAUCACAGCAACAAUAUUAUCUCAUUAUUCACAACACUUACAUAGAUUACUGCCGCAAUUAAUAUAUUAGGGUAUUCUUCAUUGAUAAUUUUUUUACUUUUUUCGUUUAUGCGCAUACACUGUAUUCUCGUAUUAGUUUUUUUUUGUAAUUUUUCUCUCGGUUUUGUUUAAUUGCUACGUGUAAUAAGAAUCGUGUACCACUCCCGCGUUCUGUUUCGGUCGGGAGGUGGUUGGUACAGUUUGCAAUAUUGCUGGAAAUUGUGAGUUUCGAUGCUUUUUCAAUAAAGUUCUGGUUUUAUUGAGAAA